AUGGUGGGACACUCAACAUGUGCAGGGCACAUUUUGCAUGAGUGUUUUUGUGUUUUGUUUCUUCCGUUUUUGGAUUUUCAUGAGGCUUCUGUGAGCAACACGGUGCAGAAUGCAAAGGCAUCUAGCAAAGGUGCCGUGUCGAAGGCUUUGACGCCUCCCGGGAAAAGGGAGAGUGAAACGCCUGAGGAAGACGUUACUGUGGUCCUCAUGGAAAGCCAGUGCAAAGCAGCACCGGCCGUCAAGCCGAUCGAGAAGAAGAAGAUGCCAGUACAGCCACGUCCCAAUCUCGUGAAGGUCAACAAGUCUGCGAAGCCUUUGCAGAAGAUGGCUGGUGAAGGGCCUUGUGGGCCGGGUUCGGGACUGCGUGGCCCACCGCCACCGAAGGCAAUCAACAAAGCAGCGGCAGCCAGCUCAUCUGGACUGCAGUUGCAGACGUCGAGCCCCCGAGCAACGGCCGCGCCGCCAGCUGUGAAGGGCGAGUCGAUCAUGAGGAAGCGAACCUGGACCAUGACCUUCACAGAGGUUGGACUCAUGGUGGCUCUGAGCGGUGAGCUUAGUAGGGUGGGGCUGUGUGAGCCCCUCGCAUGGACCAUGCAUCAACCCUUUGGCAGCAUUUGGUUGGAAAUUUUCGUUAGCGCCAUGCCUCGUGACUUGAAGCAGCUUGCCAAAAACCCGGAUUUGGUGGAGCAGUAUGUGACAGCAUUUGGGAAAGAAGAAAAAUUGAAGAAGGUUGGCUUUACUUUCAUCACUGCCCACAGCAAGGGCCUGUUUGGUAAAGAUGAAGCGACUCUCCGGGAUUGCGACUUGAACCCUGAGGCAAUUUUUGCUGUGAUGAGUGUGAGUCCGCAUGAGCGGCUUUCAGAGAUGGUCUUGGCCCGUGCCAUUGCCAAGCACUACGAAGUCAGUAAGCUCAUUCCGCUUGGCAUAGGCAUGUCUGCUGUUGAGCAGCUGGCUGGCAAAAUGGCAUUUGGAUUGAGAAAGAUGGUCUCGCGAUUUCGACGCCGCUGGAAAGAAUCACCUGAUGCAGCGAAGCUCAAGGGUUUGACCCAUCUGAAGCAGCGGCUCAAGGAAAUGAACAUUGAGAUGUCUGCAGACAGCUCUGCCAGUGGCCAUGCUGAUUCAAUGGAUAGUGCCGCUGACCAAGUGGAAGAAUUGGGAAAUGCUUUGGCUGGUCCCGAUCACGAUUCCAAGCCUGCAAAGAACGGAAUCGAUUGGGUGGCCAUGGCUGCUAAGAUGCAAGCUCACAAGAAGUCAGCAAUGCCUGAGGCAGAGGUCCCUGCUCCACUGGAUGAUGUGCAGCCGCCUGUGAGAAUGGCAGCUGUCAAAGCUGCUCCAAUAGCUACACCAUGCCGGAACAAGUUGCCGGAAUUUGUUCUCACAGCCUUGGAAGAGGUCCAAGCACCAGCCCCAUUUGCGACUGUGACAUCGGACGAUGUGGAGCCAACUGGCAACCCUGCAGUUAAGAAAGCAGGUGACAAAAAGAAGAAUAAGAAAGGAAAGAAAAACCAAAAGAAGGGCAAGGGCAAGGUUGUCAUUGCCGGACCUGAAGAAGAAGAAGGCUUAGCGUUACUGCCACAGCAGGCGCCGUCAGAUCUAGCUGCUGGGCAUGAGGCUGCUCCUGCAGCAGCCGGGGCAGCGGCUCCAGCAGCUGACCAUGCAGUCGGUUACGUGGCUGGGGACUUCAACAGAAAGAGGCUGGAGUUCAUCAAGAAUUUCCGAGAGGAAAGCAACGUCAACUUCAAGAAGGCGAAUGAGGCAUGGAUGCGCUCUGAUGAGCGGGCGGACCUUUUGAAGACUGUCUAUGACUGGGUGGAAUAUUUCAGUGGCGAAGGCAAAGUCAGUGCCGAAAUGAGAAAGGCAAACUACUGUGGUGUUGAAUUGGACAAGCUCCUCGAGGGUGGCCCCAAAGCCUUUGACUUUUUGACAGAAGGUGGCUUUGCGAGUGCGGGCACUCACCAACGUAGCAUCUUGUUUCCCUGCGGCAACAAGAAAUAUGGCUUCGUGAAGAACGGAAAUCGCCUCGCUUCAAGAUUUUCGCUGGUGAUGUGGUACAGCCUAGCCAUGGGCUGUGUGUUUCUGUUGGAGCAGCCACAUGGCAGCUUGUGUGAGCUGCACCCCAGGAUGGCACUUAUAUUGGCUGCACUUCAAAUCUUCAAAUGUGGGAUUUGGGGUGGCCUGUAUGCUUCAGACAGAAGCCAAGCAACGCCUAAGCGUCAUGUCCUUUACUCCAAUGACGAGAAUCUUUUGCGGGAGCUUUCUUUGGCAGCAGGUCAUAUGACAAAAGUAGACCUGGCUUCCUUUACUGGUGAGCCACUAGUGAAAAGGCAAAAGCGAGAAGGUGGAGGCGAAUCCUGGAGCGGUGUUCCAGGAGUGAUGACCAAUAGCCAGACAUACCAUCAACGCUUUGGUAUUCACCUUGCCACGCUGAAGAAAGAGAUGGGAGAGGCAAACUGGAAGGCCCGUCCAGAACCACCAGCUUUGCCGGGCUUAGAUGCUGGGAAAACGGACGUGGAGCUUUUCAAGGAUUGCAUGGCCUUGCUGCUUGGCGUGGUGCAGGAACUGUAUGAGCAGAACAACCACCGUGUGCCAGCUGCAAAGCGAGUGAGGGAUGCGACGGGGCUUGACCUGGAUGAAGCCAAGGAGUUACUGCGGGAAUGUAAACCCUUGCUCAAGAAAAUAAAGGCCAGUUCCAUGCCCGCAGACCCACCACAAGAGCUUGAAGCAUCUGCAGAGCCGGGUGACACCCAGCUAGAUGAAGAGACAACGACUCCAGAGAAGACUGCAGAGAUGAAACCGGAAAAACUGAAGGAGGAGGUGAAGGAAUCCAAAAGUGAAGCCUGCAGUGUUGGAAGCUACACCCCAGAGGAGCCUGACAACCAAGAAGGUUUGAGCCCGGACCGCAGUCCAUGGGGCCAACCUGUGCCUUCGGAGAUGGGUUCCGAAGAAGAGAUUGACCCCACAAAAAAGUUGGAGAAGCAAGGAACCCAGAGGUCCAUUGACACUUUGCGCUACGGGCAGCAGUUGUUGAAGGGCAAGUCGACUGUGCACUUGGGGUCGAUUGACCUUGAUGAGGAGGAUAUUGGGCAAGCUGCACAUGCACCUGGUGGUGAAGUUGCGGGUCCUUCGCAAGCCUUGGCCAUGCCGCCCCCGCCAGUGCCUGCGGCUGCCCCAGCUGCUCUGCCCAAUACUGGAGAGCCUGCAAAGGCAGAGGAUGUGCCGGCCAGUGAGUUGCCGACGUCCAAAACUAACAAGAAGCAGUGGAAUCUCUUGGAUCGCGUCGUCAGCGGUCCGAGAGCAACAGCUCAUCCGAAUUUGGUGGCUCUGUGGAAUGGAUCCAAUGAAGACAAGCGGAGAGCACUUUACCAGUUCCUCCAAAACAGGGAGAACUUGGAGGCAACGGAGGCGGCUAUGAGAGUGACCCGUCGCAAGGUGGAUGCAGCGCACCACACUCGCCAAUGGCUCACGAUCCGGGAGAUGCAUGACAAGAAGUAUUCGACGAGCCUUGCAUGCGUGGCACGUGGGGGUCGGCCGGAUCCCGAUGCUCCAAAUGAUCCUGAGUCCACUCGCUACCGGGUGUCAGUGGAGAUGGAAGAGAAGGAGUUGUGGCAGCAGGAAAAUGAGAUGUCCAUGCAUACCAACUUGGAUUGUCGGAGUGCGGUUCGAGUGAUGUCCAUGGCUGAUCCAGCUGUCAGCACCGUGCAUGCGCCGGAUCCCAUGGCCCUGGUUCGUGACCAACUGCAGAAUCUGCAGCAAGCCGUGGCCCCGCCAACGCCCAGCCAACAGCCGAGCAAUGCCCGUGCAGGAGGCAAAGCGAAAGCCAAGCCAAAGAGUGCAGCAGGAAGCACUUCUAAGGGCGCUGGUCUCUCGGAUGUGGCCCUGGCCGGGAAAACCGUUGAUGAGUUUGGAAUGCAAAAAGGAGCUGGCCAGCUCCAGUCCAUGAAGUUGGAAGUGCAAGGCAAACCUGUCUUGAAAGAAGCAGAGGUGUCCAUGGACAAGCACAUCCAGACUGAAGUAGCCACCGAUGACGCUGGAUUUGAGCAAUUGCGAGUCGCCGAAAGUCGCUUUGAACGAGCCAAAGCUGGAGCAGUGCUGAAGGAGGUGAAGAAGAACCUUGGCUGCAUUACAUUAGUACAACAGAUGAGCUUCGAACAGAUCUGGACCAGAGGCCGGCACAUGCUGAUGUCGACUGCAGAAGAAUUGAUCUCAAGUGGCUAUGCAGAGGUCUUUGGCACUGCAACACAAGAGUAUUGGGAGACCAUGAGCAGAGAAUACGGUAUUGCAGCCCCCCCGCCACAUGAAGAUUCCGUUGGGCUUUGUUUGUUCGGAGAUGAGGUUGAAGCCCGGAUGAGGAAUGCUUCAAGGCUCAUCCGGGAGUGGUCCAAAACGCAUGGAGCCCAAAGCCUUCCUGCUCACUGGUGUUUAACUCGUGGCAAGCUUGGGCUGAAAACAGGAAAAUUUUGUCAUCUCCAUGGCAAGGGGUGGCACACUACAGUUGUGUUGCAAUUUCUCAUUGAUUUCGCAGAAGACAAAGCAAACAUCGACCCCCUGCUGAAAAGUGCUCUGUGGAGCGCCAAUAACUUUCUCAGCAUCUUGCAGGAACACCGAAAGCAGAGCACACUCCUGACAUCGGAAAUCAUUCAACAAGUCCUGGCAGUGGGAGGAUUUUUCCAAAAGUGCUACCUCCACUUGGCUGUGAAGUACAAGAGAUUCUGCCCAUAUUUGCUUUUCAAUGUGCGACCGAAAUUUCAUUUGCUGACGCACUUCAUACAUGCGUGUGAAAAGAUCCGGAACCCGCUCUGCUCGAGCACAUGGAUGGAUGAAACCUGGAUUGGCCAGAUCAUGAAGCUAGCCUCCAAAUGCCACAAGCGAACGAUGCAACUGACGACAUUGCAACGGUACUGCACAGGACCGGGAAACAAUUUUGAAACCUGUGCGUGCGCUCAGAACGACUUUGCUUUUUUGUGA